ACUGAGCAUAUAGCUGAUGGAAUGCUUGGAUAAUGCACAGUCCACUUUUUCUUCUUUGCACACCUUUCCCAAUUGCAGGCACCAUGCAGAAGUAACAAUUGCUGAUGUGAUCUGUUGGCUCUCUCCAAUUCAUUGGCACUGCAAAAGGCAUAGAUUUCCUUUUCAUGUUCAACCACUGACGAAUAUUUGUUUCACAAGUGUUGCAGCCUAUGUGUGGGGCCCACAUCUUGUCCUGAUCUCCAAUUUUGCAGCCAAAAGAAAGGUGAAAGGCUCUUUUAACCAUAGUGGUUAUACUGCGCUUUUGUGAUGCAAAAGUCACUUCACCACAAACAUAGCUGAAAUCUGCUUUGUUCACACAAUUACGAGGCAUCUCUGCUCACUUUGGCUAAACAGAAUUGUGUCCCUUUGCAAAAUAAAACACUGACAAAUAAGAGAGCACGACACUGCAUGAUUUCUAGAGCUGAUAUAGGACAAUUUGUUAAAACAGAGGGAUGUAAGCCUAGUUAUGAUUGCAUCAUCCAUGACUUCUAGGAAUAACAUAAUGCAAUUCAUAUCAUGUAUCAUGCAAUACCAGGUUUAGAUUGCAUCAUGCAUUAUUUUGCUCAAAAACAAGUACUGUCCAAACCCAGUCAUACAUUUAUUCAUAGAUACAGUCAAAGAUGUAUUUGUGUCAUUUGUGGUUUACAUUGAGAUCCCUUCCCUUUAUAACUCUGCUGUUUCACUUUGAUGACUUUUUCUUGCAGUUAGAGUGAACAUUUAUGAACAUUCGUGAACACCGACCUCUCCCCUUCCAAUCAAUAAUAAAUAGUAACUUGUUUCAAAUCCACAUCAAUUCAGAAUCCAGUAAGCUAUUGUAACUGAGUGCAAACAUUUUUUGGUAAAAGCGACAUUCUGCUCACAAUUUUAGCGAAAAUUUGUGAAAAUCAGGUGGCAACGACCUGUGUCCCCUAAUUUUCAUAAAUAAAUAGUUUAUUUUUUGCAUUCACAUCAAUACAGAAUCCCGUAAGUCGAUACUUAUAAUAGGUAAAUAAUUCCUACCAUAAGUAUAUAAGUAUACACUUGCAACAAACAUGAGUCGAGAACCAAGUGUUUGUAUGUUUAUUCACUGUCACAGCUGAGGAAAAAUGUUAAUUUGGGAAAACAUUUUUAUUGAAAUAUUUCGUUUACUUUCUUACUGAUAGAAAGGUAACUCAAACAGCUUUUAUAUAGCUCGAUAAAGGUGAUUCACAUAGAAACAUUUUUCGAAUAGAGAAAUGCAAUACAAUCUUUAAAUUGUCGUGUUUUUCAUGAAAUAUUUUUUUCAUGAAUCCGUCAUAUUUUUUAGACGAGUAAAAAAGUUUUGUUUAAUAUGCUCCAUGGUCUGUUAUCGGUGACCUCAGUGAAGUUCGUGAAAUGGGGUCCAAGUGACUAACCUCUCGGGCAGUGGUUUCAGCCACCUGUUGAUUUCAUGCCCCACUGGUAUCCGUAAGGCUACGACAAGUGGUGUUGAGAGAUACUAGGAUCUAGGUGGUGGUCUGCUCGCUCUACCGCUGCGUCAGCCGAGUGCACGUGCGACCCCUGUCCGUGCAGCGAGACAGCGCCAUGUCCGAGCCGGCAGGAGACACCGACACCGACGUGGACGCGGUUGCCGCCAACGGUGGGGGUCCCCCGCAAGGCCGCGGCGCUGCGCCCCCGCCGAACCCGGACCCCCUGGAGGGCGACGUGGACCUCUGGUGGUUUGAGAAGCCCCGGAGUUCCACCCUGUGCUUUUUCGCGUCGGUGGGUCUCUCCGUCGCUUGCAUGAUCGGGGCCGUCAUCAUCAUCGUCGACGUCUCGUACGCCCAGGUGAACUGGCAGUUCGGCGUGGCCAUCUUCCUCUGCAUGUGGAGCUUCCUGGUGGUAUUCAAGCUGCUGGUCAUCUCCACCGUGCAUCACAUGAGCUUCGUGUACAGGAGAUCAUCCGUGAGCUUCCUGAUGGACGGAGGAGGCCUCGACGUCAUCAUCUUCCUGCUGAGCGGAGCCAGCGGCGUCAUCGCGGGCUCUGCGAUGCUCGUCGUCGCGCAGCAGAGAAACUCCGGGGUGGCCGCCUGGACGGCCAUGCAUGGGAUCGCGGUCGUCCUCCUCGCCUGCGGCGGCGUCAUCCUCGUGGCCACGGUGGUGUACGGCGUCACGACACGCGCCUUCGUGCUGCUGGCCUCGUGCAUGGCGCUCACAACAAGGCAAUUCCUGGCCAGGCUGGCGACGACCAGGGAGGGCCCCGCGGUCAUGCAGCCUGUGGAACAAACUGCCAGCACGGCCAACCUGGUCGUGUAGCGGACAAGCGGUGAUGACCCUCUGAUAGGCAACCGCGCAUCACCACACCAUGGUGUUAUCUGGUAAUAGCACAACAUCGAACGAGGGUUCAGCUUUACCCCGAGCCAGCCAGGUGGCUGCUCUGCGUAGAGCGAGCGACUCACAUUUGGAAGAUUGGAAGUUCAAAUCCUGGUAGGAGGGCUUUACUUGGCCCAUCAACCUUUCAGGGUUGAUAAAAAUGAGUUCCACUUUGUGGGGAAAGAUAUCUGCGGGUUGUCCUAUCGGUAGACAUCAUGGGACUAAUUUCCACCACUGGCUCUGCAGGACUGUAAACGGGAGAUUAGCACCAAUGCCUCAAUGCCCAAUGUGGGCAGGAAAUCACUUUUUACUUUCUUCUUCUAUUUAUCGUUAUCAAUGCGAUGCCUGGGCCUCCUUUCCUCUCACAAACGCACGGAGGUGCAACUUUUCGGUACACGCUGGAAUUGUAUACCGGCGCUUCUCUGAACACCAAACACACGCGUGUCUACCCGCACUUUCAGGAUGCUUCCUAUUCCUACACCACGACACUUUUGCAAAGGGGAACAAAGGGCAUCAAACGUGUGCUGCUGCAAGGACGAAUCGACUUCAUACCGGCUCUUCUGCAUUCAUGCCGUCACGGUUUCCAAACUGCACGUGCGUCUUGGUGUUUGCGGCGACCGCUAGAUAUCACGCUCAAGUGGCAGGGCCGCACGGGAUCAAGUGAUCCUAAGUGAGUAGUCCUGGAGCGGCCCGCGUGCCGUAGAUGAACAGCUCCACCGGGCGUCGUUUGUGGGGCCCGCGUUCCAUGGUCAGCCUUGCAGCAGCAGCAUCAGUAGGAGCGUUUGUCUGCUUGGGGAACUCUGAAGUCCGGGUGGCCGACCCCUGAUCGUGACCCGGGACCUACGGGAUGCGGCGGCGUGACCCGUCACCUCGUUUACGUCCGCGAGUGCCAUCCCUUGGGGGUUCAGCCAUCUCCGAGUGCAGUAGCUCCCCACCCCGUGCCGCAAAGCCCCCAUGGGGAAGUGGCCCCCUUGUGAUCUCUGUCGCGGAUAUUUGUGUUCACAAAGCAGAUAUCUCUUGUUGCUGCCCAUUGCACAAAUUAAUGAUAUAUGUGUUUGUGCCAAGUGGAGGUGCGAUGAUCGUUUAUCGAGUUUUAGAGCCAGGCUGGCCAGGAUUGGGUAAGGAGAGCCCCACUUUGCAACCAGUCAACUGGAGAUCACACACUUAGAUAUUUAUUGACUUCUCACUUUAACAAUAAUGACAUUUAAUAACAUUACAAUUAAAUAUAUUUUAAUAAACAAAUACAUCAUUGAUGUUGCAUUUUUUUAAAUAUUCAGGGCUAAUCAAGACAGCAGGUGCAUUCAUUAGAGUGGUUCGAAUGGUUGUAAAUCUGUAAAAUGUUAUGGGUGCGCGGCGGUCCGUGUAAAAACAUUUAUCGUUGAUGGUGACGCACGGAUCUAGAGUGGCCGAGAGCCACAAACCGAGUGGUUGAAUCUGUGUUUUUUUAUUGUUCAUAUGAUCAUAUGGAGUCACUUUAUAAACAUGGAAUUUACGGAAUGUUAGUAGUACAUGAUAUAUGAAUCGUAUAUUCCAGGGCUAUUUUAAUGUGAACAUUUGACGAGAGUCUAAUUUUGCAAUAGUGACUCGGGUCACCAAAAUGUAAGUUAGUUUAUUACGUUUUUGAGCCAGCUCGGCCAGGAUUGGGCAACAACUUAGCCCACUUUUCACCCAGGCAACUGGAGAGCACAGACAGGCUUAAGUGUUUCUAACCUCAUAUGAACACUAACAAUAACAUAUUUAAGAAUCAAAAUGACAAAAGCUACAAUAUGGAAACAAAGCACAUCAAAGAAGUAAAUAGAAAUCAGAGCAAAAUAACUGAACAGAAAUCAAAGCAACUCUUACUGAUUGUAUGUGUAAUGUUAUGGGGAUGUCUUGCUGGAUGUAAAUAUUGAUGUGCAAUAUGAACCAUGAUGCGACAGAGCAGCCCACAGCGUGUCGUGGUGAAUGUGAUCCGCCUUUGUCGUAAUAUAUCUGCAUAACGUGACUCCACUGUCCAAUCUCUGGGUGUCAACAAAACGUAUUUUAGCGAUUGUGAAGCUAUUUUAACCUCACCAGCAGCCAUCAGCCUGCGCCCAAAUGCCCUACAAAUGCAUCGCCCUGAAUGCGCCCCUCUUCAA